UCUGAAGUAAAGCUCCACACACUCAAAAAUGGCGAACCGUCCCGUCCGUACAUUCCGAGCGUCCUUCGGCGCCUCCUCCGCUGAACAUUCCCGCCACCACUAUCCUCUCUCCCUCGCUCUUCUCUUUUCUUCCCUCUCCUAUUCCUAUUUUGACCUUUUCCUUUCCCUUUCCCGAGAUUUUGCCGAUCCAUCGAAUUCCCACGACGAUGAAUUCCGAUUACGCCUCUUUCCUGUAAUCGACGAAUCAGAGCCACAAAAUGAGCGAAAAGUUGGGGGACGACGACCGGACGGUGCUGGCGGGGAUCUCCGAGUCGCCGCCGCACCGGAAAAUCCACUCCUACAGCCACCAGCUCCGUACGAGCACCGGCACGCACCACAAGCGCCAGCAUCAGCUCCGCAAGCACAGCCUCGACGAGAAUCGAAUGUACAACCGCCACACCGCCAGCCAAAGCAACGCCUAUUACGGCGGCAGCCCUAAUUCCUCCGACGACGAAGAGUUUUACCCUUAUUGCACUACGACGGUUCCCUAUGGGGUUUCGGCGGCGUCCAUGGGCGAGCACCACGUCGAUUAUCUUCAGUACAGCCAAGGCAUGGCUGCCGGGGACGCCGAUGAAUCGCAGAAUCUGCCACAACAGGCGUUGCCGGAGUUCGUGGGGAGCGGCGGCGGCGUGGGGAUUUUUAAGGUGCCAAAUAGGGGCGCCGUGCACCCCAGCCGCCCCCCCUACGUCGAGCUCCGGCCGCACCCUUUGAGAGAAACUCAGGUGGGAAAAUUUUUGAGGACAAUUGCGAGUACAGAAACACAGCUAUGGGCAGGGCAGGAAUCAGGUAUAAGAGUAUGGAACUACUCUGAUGCAUAUAAGCCUGGAAUCAGAGUAAGGGCGCAGAGAGGCGAUGAAGAUGCUGCCCCCUUUUAUGUAUCAACCAGCACGGCGCCUACUAUAUGCUUGAUCGUGGAUCAAGGGAAUAAGAUGGUCUGGAGUGGGCACAAAGAUGGUAAAAUUCGAUCGUGGAAGAUGGAACAGAAUCUCUCUGAUGAGAAUGCUUUAAAAGAAGGCCUUUCGUGGCAGGCGCAUCGCGGCCCUGUUCUUUCGAUGGAGAUUUCUUCUUACGGUGAUAUAUGGUCAGGAUCUGAGAAUGGAUGCAUCAAGAUCUGGCCAUGGGAAGCUGUCGAAAAAUCGUUGUCUCUGUCGCUGGAGGAAAAGCACAUGGCGGCUUUGUUGGUGGAGAGAUCAGCUAUCGAUCUCAAAAGCCAAGUUACAGUUAACGGUGUAUGUAAUAUUCCUUCCUCGGAUGUGAAGUGUUUGUUAUCGGAUAAAGUCCGGGCGAAAGUCUGGGCUGUCUGGUCGACAAUCUUCUCAAUAUGGGAUGCUCGCAAACGAGAGCUUCUAAAAGUAUUUAACAUCGAGGGUCAGGUCGAGACUCGCAUCGCUCAGACUGAGAACCGGCCCGAGGUAUCCUCAGCUCUAGAGCAGCCAGUCGAAGACGAGAUGAAUGUGAAGUUCGUCGCCAAGUCUAAGAAGGAGAAAUCCGGAUUUCUCCAGCGUUCGCGUAAUGCGAUAAUGGGUGCUGCAGAUGCUGUCCGAAGAGUAGCGAAGGGGGGUGGAGGGGUAUCCGAAGACGGCAAAAGAACCGAAGCUAUUGUGCUCGCAGCGAACGGUAUGAUAUGGACAGGAUCGUCGAAUGGUUUGUUAGUCCAAUGGGACGGGAACGGAAAUCGUAUACAGGAGGUUACUCAUCAUCCUUGCGGAAUUCUGUGUUUUUGCUCGCACGGGUCGAGAAUAUGGGUCGGAUAUGUAAGCGGCAUGUUCCAGCUGCUCGAUCUCGACGGGAAGCUAGUCGCCGGUUGGGUCGCCCACAAUGGACCGGUCGUAAGAAUUGUAACCGGUAACGGUUCCCUCUUUAGCUUGGCUACUCAUGGAGGCAUACGCGGGUGGAAUAUUUCGUCGCCAACGAAUAUUGAUAGCACCGUACGGUCUGAACUUGCCGAUAGAGAAAUCUCGUACACUAGGCUGGAGAAUAUUCGAAUUUUAGUCGGGACAUGGAAUGUUGGUCAAGGAAGAGCUUCGCACGAUGCUCUCAAGUCGUGGAUCGGUUCGACAGUGUCGGAUGUUGAUAUUGUCGUCGUCGGGCUGCAAGAAGUCGAAAUGGGUGCUGGUUUUCUCGCGAUGUCUGCCGCAAGAGAAUCCGUAGGCCUCGAAGGAAGUUCUGUCGGGCAAUGGUGGCAAGAUCACAUCGGCAAGGCGUUGGAUGAAGGAUCGACGUUCGAACGGGUGGGGUCUCGACAGCUAGCAGGCCUAGUGAUCGCGAUUUGGGUGAGAAAUUCUCUUAGGACAUACGUCGGGGACCUGGACGUUGCAGCAGUCGCUUGUGGUUUAGGCCGAGCUAUUGGUAAUAAGGGAGGCGUGGGAUUAAGGCUAAGAGUAUUCGAUCGAAUAAUGUGCUUCGUGAACUGUCAUUUGGCCGCUCAUUUGGAAGCUGUCAAUCGAAGGAACGCCGAUUUUGAUCAUAUAUAUCGAACCAUGACCUUCACCCGAACAUCGAACACUGUUAACAAUGCUGCCGGUAAGCUUCUAACAACUAUAAUCUUCAAGGCUCGAAUGUACGUAAUAUAUCUAAACUAUAACGAUCGCUUCUUGUCUUGCUUGCUUCCCUCCCCUUUGAGUUACGAUCCUUACCAACAGUCAGUCCUUUCUGUUUCGAAGGCUACAACAGUUAAUCCUAACGAAGGGAAACCGGAUCUUGCCGAAGCUGAUAUGGUCAUUUUCUUCGGUGAUUUCAACUAUCGGUUGUUUGGCAUAUCGUACGACGAAGCGAGAGACUUUGUUUCGCAAAGAAGCUUCGAUUGGCUUCGAGAGAAAGACCAGCUGAGAGCGGAGAUGAAAGCCGGGAAAGUCUUCCAAGGAAUGCGCGAGGCGCUGAUCAGAUUCCCGCCGACGUACAAGUUCGAAAGAGGAAAGCCCGGGUUAGGAGGAUACGACUCCGGCGAGAAGAAGAGAAUCCCGGCUUGGUGUGAUAGAAUACUUUAUCGAGACAACCGGGCGAGCCCCAAAGACCUGUGUAGCUUGGAGUGCCCCGUGGUCGCUUCCAUAUUACAGUACGGGGCGUGCAUGGAUGUGACCGAGAGCGAUCACAAGCCCGUACGGUGCAAGUUCAACCUGGACAUUUCCCACGUCGAUAGAUCCGUAAGAAGGCUGGAGUACGGUAAGAUACUUCAGUCCAAUGAUGCCGUCCGAUCCAAUCUUGAAUCGCUACGGUUUGUCCCGGAAACGACUGCAAACACGAACCGGAUAGUUCUCCACAACCAAGAGACGGUCAAUCUGAAAAUCGCGAAUAAAAGUAGGGAAGAUCCGGUGUUUUACCGCGUCAUCUGCGCGGGUCAGUCCACGAUCAAAGAGGACGAAAUGCCAUCCGAAUACCGGGCAAGAGGUUCGCUCGGCUUCCCACGCUGGCUUCAGGUAACUCCGGCAGCCGGGAUGAUCAAUCCCGACCAGGUCGCGGAGAUAUCGGUACAUCAGGAAGAAUACCAUACGUUGGAGGAAUUCGUCGAGGGGAUACCGCAAUCCUGGUGGUCGGAAGACACCCGAGACAAGGAAGUGAUUCUGCUGGUGAAUGUUAUCGGAAGCACCUCGACCGAGAUGAAAACCCAUCGCGUAAACGUUCGAUACCGCUACUCCCCAAACCCGACUCCGGCUCCGACUCCGAACCCUAACCCGCCUCCUGUAGCAGAAACAAAAUCUCACAAUACCUCCAGGAAGAAAAAUGGAGGAAGCUCUCACCACAGGUCUUAAGCUGCUACACCAGUCUUCGACAAACACCCGCGAACGAGCGCCAUUCUCGAUGAUUGGCUCCCAUUGUUCUUCAUCCGAUCUCCGUGGAAGAAGAGGAUUGCACUCGAGCGGCUAACUUCGAUCCAGUUCCCCGGCGAAACCCUGCAACGAUUCGAUCAGGUUCUUUCUU